GACGGCCCGAGCGAGGCCGAGCGGAGCCGAAGGCAGCCGAGGGGAGCCCCGCCGAGAUGAACGCGGUGCUGGCCGUCAAGCAGUACGUGUCCAAGAUGAUCGAGGACAGCGGGCCGGGCAUGAAGGUGCUCUUGAUGGACCGGGAGACGACCGGCAUCGUCAGCAUGGUGUACACGCAGUCCGAGAUCCUGCAGAAGGAGGUGUACCUCUUCGAGCGCCUCGACUCCCCCAACAGGGAGGCCAUGAAGCACCUGAAGGCCAUCUGCUUCCUGCGGCCCACUAAGGAGAACGUGGAGUUCCUCAUCCAGGAGCUGAGGAGGCCAAAGUACAGCAUCUAUUUCAUUUAUUUCAGUAACGUGAUCAGUAAGAGUGAUGUCAAAUCUCUGGCUGAGGCUGAUGAGCAGGAAGUUGUGGCUGAAGUUCAGGAGUUCUACGGCGAUUACAUCGCGGUGAAUCCACACGUGUUCUCUCUCAACCUCCUGGGCUGCUGCCAGGGUCGCAGCUGGGAUCCUGCUCACCUCUCCAGGACAACCCAAGGCCUGACUGCCCUGCUCUUGUCCCUGAAGAAAUGCCCCAUGAUUCGGUACCAGCUCUCCUCAGAGCCAGCCAAGAGGCUUGCUGAGUGUGUCAAGCAAGUCAUCACCAAGGAGUACGAGCUCUUCGACUUCCGGCGCACGGAGGUUCCUCCUCUGCUUCUCAUUCUGGACCGUUCCGACGAUGCCAUCACCCCUCUCCUCAACCAGUGGACCUACCAGGCCAUGGUCCAUGAGCUGCUGGGGAUCAACAACAACCGCAUCGACCUGUCCCGGGUGCCAGGGAUCAGCAAGGACCUCCGGGAGGUUGUCCUGUCUGCUGAGAACGACGAGUUCUACGCCAACAACAUGUACCUGAACUUUGCAGAGAUUGGCAGCAACAUCAAGAACCUCAUGGAGGAUUUCCAGAGGAGGAAACCUAAGGAGCAGCAGAAGCUGGAAUCCAUAGCAGAUAUGAAGGCAUUUGUGGAGAAUUAUCCCCAGUUCAAGAAGAUGUCGGGCACGGUGGCGAAGCACGUGACGGUGGUGGGGGAACUGUCCCGCUUGGUCGCCGAGCGGAACCUGCUGGAGGUGUCGGAGGUGGAGCAGGAGCUGGCCUGCCAGAACGACCACUCCAGUGCCCUCCAGAACGUGCGCCGGCUGCUGCAGAGCCCGCGGGUGGCGGAGCUGGACGCGGCGCGGCUGGUGAUGCUCUACGCGCUGCACUACGAGCGGCACAGCAGCAGCGCCCUGCCCGGCCUGCUGGGGGAGCUGCGCAGCAGGGGGGUGCCCGACAGGCUCCGCAAGCUGGUGCCUGCAGUGCUGGAGUACGGCGGGAAGCGCGUGCGGGGCAGCGAGUUGUUCAGCCCCAAGGACGCCGUGGCCAUCACCAAGCAGUUCCUCAAAGGCCUGAAGGGUGUUGAGAACGUCUACACCCAGCACCAGCCUCUCCUCCAGGAGACUCUGGAUCAGCUCAUCAAGGGCAAACUCAAGGACAGCCAGUUCCCUUACCUGGGGCCCAACACUCUCCGGGACAGGCCCCAGGACAUCAUCGUGUUCAUCAUUGGAGGAGCAACCUACGAGGAGGCUCUGACUGUCUUCAACCUGAACCGCUCCAACCCGGGGGUCCGGGUGGUCCUGGGGGGCACCACGAUUCACAACACCAAGAGCUUCCUGGAGGAGGUGACAGCCUCGGGCUUCCGCGGCCGGAGCACCGAGAGCUCCCAGGUGGCCCCGAGGUCGAGCAGCAGACGGUGAAUCCUGGAGCAGGCAGCAGGAAUUCCCACCAACAGCUCUGGAGCAGAACUGGAUGUUCCCGGCACCGCUGUCCCAGUUCCUCCCCAUCCCUGCCAGGAGCCUUCCCAGGCACCAGGAGCAUCCCCGUGGAGCAGGACGUGUCCCACCUGCAGCUCCUCCUGGACAUGGCUCUGGGUGGGACUGGCACCUGCAGGAGAGCCUGGGAGCUCUGCUGGGAGCUGAGCUCCUGCCUGGUGUGUCCUCUGGUUUGAGGCCCUGAGGAAGAUCCCCUGGUCCAGACUUUGCAUCUCUGGAAGGUGAAGCCCACGGGCACUCGAAGCCCUUGGCUCAGUUCUCUGUCUGUUCUGAGUCCUAUGAUUAAAUCACCCAUUUUGACUGAA